CAUGGUGGAUGACGCAUUUUGACAGUGCAUGUCUAUUUUACUGUUAUAUGCCUUGCAAACACAGUUGAAGAAAUUUUAAAAUCGUAAACUAAAAUGAUAUGUAGUGAAGAUUUGGGAAACACGUCCUCGAAUGUUGUCAUUUCGCGUAACAGAACCUUUUAACGAGUCAUCAUGAAUGCCAUUAUAUCUUUGUGCCAUUUCUGCGAGCUUCAUGGCCCUAAGGUGUUGUUCUGCACGCAACCUCUCCACCCAGAGGAAAAACCAGGAGAAAAUGAUGUUGACGGUGAUGGAGUCCAGAGAAGGGUUACAUCCCCAUCCAUAUUUUCUGAUCCCCAAACUCCCCUGACUCCAACAGGAGUCAGCAGUGCCAACUCUUUGCCAAACUAUAAGAAUGAUCUGUGUGAGGGUUGUACAUCAGUGCACCUUGGAUUUGUGAGUCAUGAUGAGGAGGCUAAUGUUAGCUAUAUGAGCUCCCAGCGCCCUCAACACAGGGAUGUGUUUGCCAUGAUCCGACAGGCUUGCAUUCGCAGUCUCAGUUGUGAGGUUUGCCCUGACAGAGAAGGACCAAUAUUUUUUGGUGAUGAUCAGCAGGGUAACACAAUAAGCUACACAUUCUACAUCAAAGACAACCAGGCACGUGGCAUGCAGCGUCUAUAUAGCAUCAUUGUUGUGAUGAUGGACAAAAUAUACCUGCUCAACUCUUGGCCAUUUCUUGUACCUAAUAUGGAAAUUGUUGCAAAUAAACUUCUUAAAUCCAAAGCAAAUAAAGUCUUUGAAGAGGAAAAAGUGAAAUUUCCGCAGAGACAAGAUAGAACCCACUCUCGUGUUAAUCCGAUGAAUUAUCUUCAUCAACGGGGAGGGAAUAAGCCAGCGAGAUCGUUGGUGGAGUUGACAGAUGAUAAGCAGGUGUUCAAGCGUCUGCAUAUGGCAUUUGUUUGGAUGUUGAAAGCGUGUGGUAACCGAUUGUCAGAGACUCUUUUGGAGGGACCACCAACGGAAGACACAAUUAUUGAUAUGGAAAAACAGGAAGUUGUGGAGGAGGGUUUUGUGAUGCUGUAUAGUAAGAAAGUGGGUGGGGAAGAUGUGGAAGAAGGUGUUGAUGCUGUCUCUGACCCAUCUGUGAACCAGUCAGCCAUUAAAGAGGCACUCAAAGAUGAUGGGAGUCCAGAAAUCACAGACAUAAGGCAUCUGCUUAAGUUGUUAGGUCCCAAGAGGUUCGAUAUCCUGGCACAUCAUGUUGUCAUUGGCAACCAGGUCAUUGUCAGGGGCAAUGGACGGACACUGAUGAGGUCAUUCCUUGAUGCUCUUACUUGUCUGCUCCCGAAAGGUUGUUACAGAGCUAUACCAUACAGUGACGUAUAUGUUGAAUCCUACAAAUGUAAUUUUCUUGGGCUGCCGCCUAAAAUCCAGCUCCCUCCUCAUGUCAGCAAGAAUGAACCUUUCUUGUUGAUUGAUGUUUUUGAACCAAAUGGUGAAAAGACCAAAACAGAUCCAGAUCUAUUGGCUGGAUAUGUUUUCAAGUUCAGUACUUCAGCAGAACUGUUACCAGACUCAGUGCCAACAGUGCUGGACAGGAUGGAACGUGCCAUAAAGAAUGAGAAUCUCUGUCUGGAUGUGCUCGAACACUCACUUGUUUGCUAUAAGGAAGAGUGGAUGAACAAAGUGAAGGUGCUGUUCAAGUUCACAAAAGCUGGCGGAGGUCGUAGCGAGGAAGAUACCAACAACUUGUUCAAGGUCGUUGGGGCCAUUGAUGUGGAUAAACCUCUUCUCUCAUUCUGGAUGAAAGGCCUCAGUGACCAGUACAAGAAACACAUUCUAGCAGCGUCUAAACACUCACAGUCAACCUGAAGGGGCCUCAUUGCGGUUGUAUUAAGAGCUAUAUUAACACCUUAGAAAAUUCAGUCAAGCUGGAUGGGCCUCAUUGUGUGGUUGAUGAAAUGCUUCGUUCAACACCUGAACAGUCUAGCUGAAGGGGUCCCAUUGUGGUUGCUGAAAUGCUUCAUUAACACAUGAACAUCCAGGGUCCUCAUCGUGGUUGAGGAAAGGCUUCAUUAACAUGUCAACGUUCAUCCAAGCUUAAAAUGUCUCAUUGGUUGAGGAAAGGUUCAUUAAUAUAUCUUGUAAUUCAGUCAAGAUGGAAGACCUCAUCACUCAUUCUUAUUACUUCAAUGAUCUAAACAAGGGUCUCUAUGACCAUUACAAGAAAAACAUCUGAAUAGCCUCUAAAAUUUAGUCAACUUGAAAAGGCAUCAUUGUUAUAAAACUAAGUUUUGGGGCAAGAAGGGCCUCAACUUGGAUUUUGCACACGAAGAAGUGUCCGGAUAAUAAAUUAUGAUUGGUGCAAUGAAUUUAAAUUAUAUUUGGAACAUCUGUUUAACACUAUAAAGUACAGGUCAAGUUGAUUUUGAUUACAAUCCAUAAUUGUUUUCCUCAGUUAUGACCCCUUUUUAAUGAAAUAGUUUUCCAUUCCUAUGUACGAUGUGUGGAGGUAUUCAUCCUGUGACAGCUCUAGUUUGAAUUGUAAUAUACUGUAUUAAUUUUGCUUCCAACUUGGACAUGAACAUGAUGACUGUACAAUCUCAAACAGAAUGCUUUGUUAAUCAAUUGCUUCAAUGGAUUGUUAGACAAUAAAGCUAAUAGAGAGAGUACACAAACA